UCCAACCCCGCCCCUCUGGAGUGGAAGUCACAUGGCAGAAGGCCGUACCGGGUGGAGUUAGCGAGCGCACCCUCCUGUUAGAGCGGAGCUAACCGGGAGCGGCUAGCUCCGUUAACGGAAACAACUGAUCUAUGUAGACUUCUGCUCCCCGGGAGCGAUGACAGAGAGCACCGGCGGCCACCGGGAGUCGGAAUCAUCCCGGACUAACAGGGCUACGUGUCGCUGUGCGGCGGGAAGCCCGGUGUAGUCGGUUUGCUGUUCAGCGUUAGUCGCCUGAGCUAACUAGUUAGCAGCCUAGCCCGCUCCUGUAAACGGGAGUUAGCCUCGGAGCUAACAGCUAACGGCUAACAGCUAACGGCCAACCCGGGGAUGCGUUAGCUCGAGGCCCCAGACACCAGCAGCUCUCCCCUCCUUCCUCCUUCCUCCCUCCUCCCUCCUCCAUAAUGGAGCCAACCCUGAACCCUCAGUUUUCAGAGAACUCAUACAAGAUGACUGAGGAGGAUGUGAAGAGGCUGAUUGAGUUCAGGGCGUCCAACGAGGCUCUGUUCACCGGGAAGAGGAACUCGGCCAAGAUCGCCUGGAGCACCAUCCUGAGAGGACUUGGCCUGGAAGGGAAGCUGACGGCCGACCAGAUCGCCAAGAAGUGGGACAACCUGAGGACAAAGUACAAGGACCUGAAGCAGCCCUACCAGGGUCAGGACCACCUGGGUGGGGUGGUGGUGGAGUCGUGGCCCUGGUUCCACAUCAUGGAUGAGGCCAUGCAGGGUCGCCUCUACAACAGCAGCCUGGUGCUGAGCCCCGAGGCCGCCGCCCACGCCCCCGGUCACCGCAGCAACCACAGCCACGAGAACACCGACAUCCUGGAGUUCCUCAUCAAGACGGAGAUGGAAGACACCGUGGCGACCGAGGCCGCCGAGGAUGAUGGGACGGUCCACGCAGAGGCUCCGCCCAUCGAGGGGGUCCCCAUGGGCUGGAGGAGGAUGAGCGAGUGCUCCUACAAGAUGACUGAGCCGGAGACUGAGAGGAUGAUCAAACUCCGAGCGGCCAACGAAGCACUUUUCACCGGCAGGAAACAUUCGGCUAAACCGGCCUGGAGAGCCAUUCUGUACGAGCUGGGUCUUCAGGGGAAACUCACCACGGACCAGUUGGCCAAGAAGUGGGACAACCUGAAGAGGAGGUAUAAGGAGCUGAAGUUUCCUGCCCGGGGCGUGGAGACCAACCCCAGCUCCUGGCCCUGGUUCUACCGGAUGAACGACGCCAUGGAGGGACGCUUCGCCGGCGCCGCGCCCAUCCUCACCCCCAUCGUGGAGGACGAGGACGAGGACUGCGAGUCGCUGUCUCCGACGCCAAAGAAGCGAGCUCGCCGGAGCCGGGCCGGGAUGACCGAGUUCCUGACGGAGUCCGAGAUGGACCUGCUGGUGGACAACGAGGACAAGAACGGGUCCACGUCUCUGGGAGAGCUGCACCGCAUGGCCGAGUUCACCUACAAACUGACAGAAGACGACACGCGGCGACUGAUCGAGCUUCGAGCCGCUAACGAGUCUCUGUUCACGGGGAGGAGGAACACGGCCAAGCCGGCCUGGAGGGGGAUCGUGAAGGAGAUGGGGCUGACCGGGAAGAUAACACCGGACCAGGUGGCCAAGAAGUGGGACAACCUGAAGACCAAGUUCAAGGACCUGAAGUUUCCUCCUCGGGGGAUGGAGGCCCAGACCAACCCGGCCUCGUGGCCCUGGUUCCUGCUGAUGAGCGACGCUCUGGAGGGCCGUCUGGCGGGGAAGGCUCCCAGGGUGACGCCGGUCUGGACUAACGAGGAGGACGGUGUGUUCGGCUCGUCGCCGCCUCCUGACAGGGACUGUUUGAUGGUGGAGAGGAGCAGCGGGUCGGAGCUGGACAGCGUUGUGGGCGGAGACAACGGUGAAGCCGACGCCAACAUCACCUACAUCGACGCCAGUGGAGAAGAGUGUUCAACUCCCUCAGACCUCUCCUAUAAGAUGAGCGACCAGGACACCAGGAGGAUGAUCAAACUUCGAGCCGCUAACGAGCCGCUGUUCACAGGGAGGAGGAACGCUGCCAAGGCCGCAUGGAAAGCCAUCCUGAAGGAGCUGGGGCUCCAGGGGAAAGUCUCCACCUACCAGAUGUCAAAGAAGUGGGACAAUCUGAAGAGGAGAUACAAGGACCUGAAGUUUCCUCCCGUGGGGAUGGAGAGUGUCGGGGACGGCGCCUCCUCCUGGCCGUGGUUCCACCUGAUGAAUGAAGCCAUGGAGGGCCGCCUGGCGAGCAGCGCCCCCCUGCUCACCCCCGUCACCCAGGAUGACGACCAGCACCCUGACCCCGCCCCCAGACACAGGACACGCCCCCCGCCGCCCCCUCCGCCUCCCCCGUCCUCCUCAGACUACAGACAGGAGGCGUUCGUGAACAGUCCGGACCAGAACCAGCCCUGCGACGGGCCCCUGGGGGGCCUGGAGAGGGAGUGGGAGGUUCUGGAGGGGGAGAGGGCGGCGCUGGAGAGGGAGAGGGCGGCGGUCCAGGCCGAACGGCUCUGGUUGGACCAGGAGAGGGCGGCGCUGGAGAGGGACCGGGCCCUGGUGGAGCAGGAAAGGGAGGCGCUGGGGCGGGAGAGGGAGGUGCUGGACCAGAGGGCCCUGAUGCUGAACUCUGUGGGACACUCGGGACACCUCAACACCCUCAUGUAGGUCAGCAGGACCAAGCCACGCCCUUCUGCUCCUCUGCUCCUCCUCUGCGCCUCCUCUGCUCCUCCUCUGCUCCUCCUCUGCUCCUCUGCGCCUCCUCAGAGCCCGUACAGAUCUGCUGUCAUCAGCUGAUCCUCAUCAGGUCCAUUAAGGGUUUAAUAAACACGGAUGAACGUUACCUGGUGAGGAGUUGACCAAUCAGAGGCCAGGUACGAGGCCACGCCCACUCCCAGACCCACCGACGUUCCCUGCUUUGUAUUUAUUUACAUAAACAACAGAAGUUCUAUUCACAGGGGACGAGUUCAUCUGUGGUUCAGACAUUAAACCCUGUUCACACGAGAGAAACAAGAUCAUUAAUUUAUUGUCUGUAGCUGAGUCUCCAGGAAGAUAAUGACACAUGUGUUAUAGUCAGAAAUGACCUGUGGGGUCUGGUUUUUACGAGUUACAGACACGGACGAUUAUUCCAGAUUAAACUGGUCCCUGUUAAAACUAAAGGUAUUUUUUUAUUUAACAGCUGUUGAUGCAGAGAUGCUUCAGCAGAAAAAUGAACCGACGCUGGUUCUUUUAAUCUGAAAAACGUCUGGAUGAAGAAAUGAGGAGGAGCAGGAGGAGCAGGAACAGGAGGAGGAGCAGGAGCAGGAGGAGGAGGAGGAGGAGCAGCAGGAGCAGGAGGAGGAGGAGGAGCAGGAGGAGGAGGAGCAGCAGGAGCAGGAGGAGGAGCAGGAGGAGGAGGAGGAGGAGGCAGCAUCCCGGAGAAUCCAAGUGUUUUUUUAUUUUUUAUAAACUGAUCGGGGGCUUGAAUGUAAAUGAAAUCAACCUUAAAGCUGAAUGUUUUCUACGGUUUCGUUUGGUUUUCUUUGUUUUUUAACAUGAACUGAAGACGUUUAAUGUUUUACGGCCACAUUAGAAACAAUCAGCUGUUCUCACAGUAUUAAUGGAACCACUGGGUCUCAGUUCUUUACCAUCAACAUCUGGUCUCCACAUCUUCUUCUUAGGGGACACGAUGGAAAGUCUGUGGUUCUAGUUUAGUUUGGUUCUCAGGAUCUUUAUAAAGGUUCAUCACUAAUGAA